GGCAGCCCGCGUGGUUUCCGCUCCUGUUGUGUGAGGGGCCGAAUCCCAAACGGCCUCCGCCGCGGCUCGCAGUGUCUCCGGGUUUGGAAGCCGGGACUCGGGGCCAGGAGCCGGCGGCGCCCUCCAGCCGCGUCCCCCGCUCGGCCCGUCUGCGCCCGGCUUCCGUAGGCCCCGCUCGGCGUCUCUCAGGCCUCGCUCGGACCGAGACCCCCUCCCCCCGCCCCGCGCGCGCCUCACCCGGGCCCUUGGCCCCUCGCCGGCUGCCCGUGGCCCCUGCCCGCGCCCCCCGGCCCCGCCAUGUCGCUGCACGGGAAGCGGAAGGAGAUCUACAAGUACGAGGCGCCCUGGACCGUGUACGCCAUGAACUGGAGCGUCCGGCCCGACAAGCGCUUCCGCCUGGCGCUCGGCAGCUUCGUGGAGGAGUACAACAACAAGGUCCAGCUUGUUGGUUUAGAUGAGGAGAGCUCAGAGUUCAUUUGCAGGAACACCUUUGAUCACCCAUAUCCUACUACAAAGCUCAUGUGGAUUCCUGACACCAAGGGAGUAUAUCCAGACCUGUUGGCAACCAGCGGUGAUUACCUGCGUGUGUGGAGAGUGGGUGAAACUGAGACCCGACUGGAGUGCUUGCUGAACAAUAAUAAGAACUCUGAUUUUUGUGCCCCGUUAACGUCGUUUGAUUGGAAUGAAGUGGAUCCUUAUCUUCUAGGUACCUCUAGUAUUGACACAACCUGUACUAUCUGGGGUCUGGAGACUGGGCAGGUAUUGGGAAGAGUAAAUCUGGUAUCGGGCCAUGUCAAGACCCAGCUUAUUGCACAUGACAAAGAGGUGUAUGACAUUGCAUUUAGCCGCGCGGGUGGCGGGAGAGACAUGUUUGCGUCAGUUGGCGCAGAUGGCUCAGUGCGGAUGUUUGACCUUCGUCAUCUGGAGCACAGCACCAUUAUCUAUGAGGAUCCGCAACACCAUCCGUUGCUGCGUCUCUGCUGGAACAAGCAGGAUCCCAACUAUCUUGCAACAAUGGCCAUGGAUGGUAUGGAGGUGGUGAUUCUAGACGUCAGAGUUCCCUGCACACCUGUUGCCAGGUUAAACAACCACAGAGCAUGUGUGAAUGGCAUUGCCUGGGCGCCUCACUCUUCCUGUCAUAUCUGUACGGCAGCGGAUGACCAUCAGGCUCUCAUCUGGGAUAUCCAGCAAAUGCCUCGUGCCAUUGAGGACCCAAUCUUGGCCUACACAGCAGAAGGGGAAAUCAACAAUGUACAGUGGGCAUCGACUCAGCCGGACUGGAUAGCUAUCUGCUACAACAACUGUCUGGAGAUCUUGAGAGUGUAACACUAUUGGUCUGUGGCAAACUGAGGCAGGGCUCUAUAACUUCCCCUCCCCUCUAAAGUAAGAACAAACAUGUUUCAAGUGGCCAGUAUCUUUUGUUGCUUUGCAUCUACUGUUCCAAGAAACUGUUGCAGGAGUUAAUGGCAGGUGUCGGCUGUCCCUACAAGACUCAGAAAACGAAGGGACGCACCCAGCCUCUUGGACCUUCUGGGUUUUGAUUUUAAUAUUUUUCUCAAUUAAAAAGUUCUGUAUAUCUGUUUGUUGACUGUGUUAAUGAGCAUUACAGGCUUUAAAUGACUAUUUUAAGUUGCUGCAUACGUCCAUGUGUUUGUCAGCCAGCUGAGACAGCACAUCCAAUUAGUUUGAUAGAUGUAAGUGCAAAACUAGGUGGAAAGAAAAGACAUUAAUAUUAACCACCGCCUUUGCAGGAAUUUUUAAUCAUUCCUGUUACUGUCCCUAAACCGUUUGAACGUUUUUAUAUAUUGGACUAAGUUUCUAUUAAGUAGGCUCUUCACCCUAGUUCUUAUUUUUGACAUGUGAUCCACUUCCAUAAGCCCCAAGCAGGAUCUGUUGAUGAUGGUGAUGGGUCAUGAGCAUCAUUGUAGGCUUCCUAGCAGUAAAACUGUUGCUGUUGCCUUGGCUAUGUGCCCCUGAGCAUUUGGUCAGAAUUGCCUGGUGCUGUGAAGUACCAUUACUUGUCGCACAGGUCUUUCAUUUUAACUGAUGCUAGAGGCAGUUGUUACUGUGGUGGGCCGUCAGUUAGAUCACUGAAUUAUUGAGUCUCCCACCGCUGUAUUACUUAACUGAAUGGUGACAAGAUUCACAGAGAAGAUACUAGCAUGACUAGAGCUAUUUUUGAAAACAUUUAGUAAAAAAUGUGACUUGUAAUGCAUUUUGGAUAGACACUUGCAGUCAAAUGAUUCCUCUAGAAAGCUUCCUAUCUGAACCAAAAUAAAAUGGUUUCACACCUUCUAGCUUACUUGAUUGGCAACUGUAAUUCUAAGCAAAAUUCUGUAUCUAACCUAUCUCUUGGAGUUUCUUUUGCAUUUGGCUCGUCUUCCUGGGAGUUCUAGAAAGUGAACGAGUGAAGAGCUAGCUUUUGUUCCUAAGAGCAAGGAGAGAAGCAUUAGCAUUGUAUUGUCAGAUCUUGUUGGAUGACUGUGAUAGAAGCAGUUAGAACAGCUGGUCUGCUGUCCAAAGGCAAGUCAUGCCCCUGUAAAGGAAAGUUUCCUAAAGUAACAUACAGGGUUGGGUCUAAAUUAAAAGAAGUUGCCCAAUGUGUGUCUCAAAUGGAGACCUUAUUUUGGCUCUAGUUGUCAUUCUUAGGUACUGCAACUCUUGUAAGAGGAGCAGGAUAGGUAUGCUGUGUGGGGAGCCUUCUAGUUUCAUCCAAGUUCCCUUUCUGAAGUGGAAAGGUGAAGGAGAGCGAGGCCGACCCUCUGUCACCAUGAUGCUUUAUGCGGAGGGAUAGCAAAAUUCUUUCAUUGUCUUAACAUGGCGGGUAGUUCGAAUGAUGUCGUUUUCUUGUUUUGAUCAGCUAACUGCAAUACCCUUCAAAUGAGAAGGUGACACAUUGAACACCACACUGGUGAGGUCUAACCAUCACCUUGUUCUGUAACAAUAGACUGAGCUGAUGAGGUCAAGAUCCAGAUCAGCUGACCCUGACUCAUUACUUUGAGAGACAAUCUUGAUAUUGAGUGAAAACCAAAGGUAGCAUUAUACAUAAAAAGGCAAAAUUUAAUUAUUUUUUUUCUAAGAAUAUUAGGCUUCCAAUUUGAAGUAGCUUCAGUUACAUACACCUUCUCUCCCAAGUCCCUGGCCAACUCUCUUGUAACCACAGGUUUUUAUUUUAAAUGCUCUGUCCCUCUUGUUCUGAGACCCAGACAAACAGGGAAGACUGGAAUGAGUCAAUGAAACUAAAUGUUCAGCCUGCUGUCAAGUGCAGAUUAAAAUUGAAAAAUAGAGAUGUCUGCUUUUUCAAUUAUAAUCUUAGAUGUUUCUGGUAACAAGCAGCAAAAAUUAUCCUACGGGUGACUUUUUAAAAAAUAGAAACCAGAGUAUACGAAAGCAUCUUAUUCAUCUGAUCACCUCUCAUUCGUGACGGAUAUUUACUCCCGUUAACAGUGCAGAGCAAACGCGUCUCUGGGAGAAUGAGGCGCAUUCUGUUCAGUCUCACACAUUGUCAAUAAAAUUCAUUAAGUUCCAAUUGCAGAAUUUUUAUUGAUGGGUGAGCCAUAAAGAACUGUCUGGUGUUCAGAUUCCUAGCAUGGUUGCAUGUUCCGAUUCUGGCAUGGUUGCCAGAUAGCUUACACAUGCAUCUCUGGUCUGCCAAGCGAAUUUGCUCCAGAAAUCAUUGAUCCACAAGUGUGGAACCUCCCAUUAAACUUGGGCACUCUUCAAAGUAGAGCUGCGCCUUUAAAGUUAAACUUAAAUAUGCAAGCAUGUUAGAAAAUGAAAGUUGCGUUUCUCAUAGCAACAUUCAUUUGUAUGGUGUAGGCUGCUUUCGUUUAGAUAUACUUGUAACAAUAGUACAUGAAAAAUUCUUGCAUGUGUAUCUAAAUACAAGUACUAGGCACAGUAUAAACAAGCUAAUGCCAGUGAGAGAAGCGUAAACCUUUUGCUUCCUGACUGUGCAAACUAAAUGUGUUUUAUAUAUAACAUUGCAAUAAGUUUUGCAUUUCAUGUUUUGGGGAAGUAGGGUUUUGGGGGAGAUGGGGGGGAGGACUACUUUCAUAAUGUUAGUAUUUAAAUAGUCCCAAUUAGGCUUUGAAGUUUUAUUCUGUUGAUGUAAAUUGUGUGGGUAAAGGUUGCGUUGCUGCUGCUUGGCUGCAGACAGAUUUCCGCAAGGCUUAGUUAACAGUGUAGCUGAACAUCUGUUUCUAGCUGCGGUCUUCAGAAGGAAAAAAUGAUAGCAACGUAAUGUUCUUUAAGCUGAACGCUUUUUGCAGAACUACAAAGAAUGUAUCAAAAAAGGUGGAUCCCAUGAUCUUAAUAACGGUUUCUUUCUUGUCCACCAUUUUCUCCAGUCUGAUCUUGACAGGUUCGUGUUUCAAUGAAAAACUUAGUUUCCUGCAAACUGUUUAUGGUCAGGCCAGACACUGAGCUAUGUGGUUUCUCUGCCCAUUACAGGCUGUAUUAGACAGAAUGGUAUUGACUCUUCUCUGUAGAUUGUUGUACUAUGCCCAUUACUGUGAUAUCUAAACACCUUUUAAGCCACACUCUUCCUCCCACCCAGCUGAGCGGUGGUCAUGGAGGACAAUUCACUUGGAGACGUUUUAGUUGAUAUAGUGAGAGAGAACUCUUUUUUGCGUUAAGGAAAGGGAAUAAACAUCCAGCUGAAACAGCCAAAGGGAUUUUCCUCAAACUUUCCAAAAAUAUAAUCCCACCUUGACUAAACAUAGUUUUAGACCAAUGAGAAUUGAGCAUUAAGAGCAUGUGAAAAUGAGACUAAAUGAGUACACACAACUUCAUAGCUUCCAUUACCAGCAGAAGUGGCUCUGUUAUGUAUACUGAGGAGGCCUCAGCUUGGGGGCCUUCCUCCCUAAGAUUUCUUGCAGAACAUUUGUGGCUUUGUCUAUAGCGAUUAGGCUUCUGAUCCAAAGGUCCUUGCAAUGGAAGCACCUGCUCGCUUGGCCAGUUCGACUGCUUUUGGCUUCUUUACUUGCUUUGGGUCAUGUCCUGCUGUCAUUCCAUAGGUGGAACCCCAGGGAAGCCAGGGGACAUUGAGGGCACAGACAUGAUUUGUUUUCAGAAGUCAUUUGGUAGCUUAAUGAGCAUUACUGAAAAUUACCCCAAACCUUUCUAGAUAAGGAGUUCAGUAAUCCAAAUGGCAUGUCCAUCUAGGUAAGGAAAUGAGGCUUCAGUGCCCCCGCCUUCCUGCUCUCACAAAAGGGGCAAUGAGGGAGGAGUUGAACUGUCCAUCAGUUCAUUUGUUUGCAUGGCAAAUUAACCCCCUUCCCUGAGAUGUAUUUGGGGCUGAGGGUUAAUGACCAAAAAACUACUCAGCAGCAGAGUCCACCUGCUGAAUAGUCCAAUUGGAUGUGGAAACCUUGCAGGGUUCCUUUGUGCUGAUGAAUUUAAAUACCUCAGCCCACCUUACCUUUACCUCUUGCCAAAUCUCCAUAAGCAUUAUUUCUUCCAGAGUUAGAGGAAAUAACUGGUUCAGUGACUCAUUUUGGUGGUGGCUUUUUAAAUGAUUGCGAGACUAUACAGAGAAACUGCCUUUACAUUUUGUGUCGGGGUGGGAGAAUAGAGAGGGAGGCCUUAGACCAGUGGUUCAUAACCUGUGGACCGCUUGUGGCCCAAUCAGCACACAGCUGAGGCCCAUGUGACAUCCUCAGGGCCAUACAGGUAGUAUAUGUAUUGUGUGGGUGCAGACCACAUAACACGGAGAGAGCUGCAUGUGUGGCCCCCAAUAGUAAAUGAGUUGAGAACCACGGCCUUAGACCUUUCGCUAAGCAUCAGUGAGCUUGGCACAGAAGUGAAUUUCGUAACGGGACUGAAGUGCCAUUUCUCCAACUUCACUAGUUUUGUAUCUUUUCUCUGGCUAACUGAUUCCAGCCAUUGGGCUGCAUUUUAAAAACCCAAUUGCCCGGGAUACCAACCAUCCCAUGGGCAGCUAAUAUGUUUUGGCUCCCAGCCCAAAGAUGAGGUGAGACUCUCAAAGCUAGCUGGAGGAUGAGCCAGUGCAUUUGUAUGUUAAAUCUGUAUAGCACUGAAUUAAAUCAGUCUGUGGUAGGUUGCCGCAACUAAACUUGCCCUGCCAUGUGCUAGGAUUUAAUAGUCAAGGUUGCCUUGACAAUCUCUUGAGUAAGAAAUUCAGUGGUCUCAAAGUACAGAAAGAGAAGAGGUUGAUACUGCAGAUUGUUCCUUACUUUAAGGCCCCCUGGGUACUUAUGGGAAGCAAGGCCUUGCUUCCCAUCAGAAUCAAAAUUCAUGAUCCCUUCAAAAUAUAGUUGUGAUCACACCUCUGCAUUGCUUCUAAUUACUUUUUUUGAACACUGGAUAACAAAGGUCAGCAACCAGAAUAGAUUCAUUGAUGAGAUGAUAAAUCCACAGCCGUGUGAUCUGUAGAUCGUUUCUUAACUGCGAUUCGAUUGGAGAAAUGUAUGUCUGUGCUAAUGUAUUGGCAUAUACAUACAUUUUUUUUUGGACUUUUGUUUAAAAAUAUAAGUUCUGGAAGCUGAGCACGCCGGUUUACGUGCUCUAGAUGGAACUUUAGCAGGUAUAUUUUUGUUAGGGUUAGGAAUGAAAUAACCUUCCUACCUCAGUCCUUUAAGGCUGGCGUUUGACUCUGAACCCUGUGUCCGAUUAAUAAAAUCUUAAAUACAGCGUGAGAGUUUCCUGACUGUUGCAGUUCCAAACUGGCUCUGGCUGGCAGCACAUGGGGACCUCUUUCACGCCAGAACCACCUGAGAAGCAACACCAAAAAUGCGAGCACUUGAAAAUGCUGUUAACACUACAAACUGUGAGGCUUUAUAUGCCGAUGACGGCAUGAUCCCGUAGGGAUCUCUCAAGCACUUGACUUUGCCUCUUGCCCAAACACAACUUUGUUUUGCUUCUUUUGGGUACUUUUAUUAUUGCCUAGUUGUGUUUGGGGGACCCUGGAAUUAGGUGCCCUUUCAAACAUAUGGCAGUAAUGAUAGGUGGUUUGGGUAGAUAGUUAUCUUGGGAUGUAGGUGAAUUCUGCAGUCUUUGUCAGUUCCAUAAUGUCAGGAAAAUUGAUGCAGCUUUCUGUGACUUAAGAUGCAGAAUUCAAAGAUCUUUGACUAUCAAAAUUCCUUGGUACUGACUAUCUUAACCCUUUCCGUAUACGCAGCACAGGCAGAAACAAAUAAAUCACAAGGUGCAGCUCCGUGCACAGUAGGGCUGUACAAUUGUUUAUACCUCCCUCAAAGUAUUGAAAGGGUUAGUCAUCCCGCUACUGCCACACAAAAUGGUUCUGCCACUUCAAACCCAAGGGAAGCAUUAUCCAGUCAGUGGACAGUUAAGGUAUCUCUGAAUGACUUCAGUUGCUUUUCACUCCAAGGCCACUGGUUCAAAUCCCAGUCCAGGCAUUGUUUUGAUCCGUGGUCUGUAUGAAAUGAGGUUGUUUCCAGAUCUGGUUCCUAAUGGGCAGGAGUACAUUUGGCUCUAGAUGGGCCCCCUUAUUAAUGUCUGCAGGGAAGCCUACGGAUUUAAUGCUAGGUGGCACUUAAACAGCACUUUUCCAUGUUUGCUUGGCAACCAAAUUUCCCUAGGGAAGGUCGCUCUAAGUCAUAGGUGAGGUACAUUGGCAAAGGUAGGGGGAGUGAAGAGACUUGCACUGCCCGUGCUGUAGCCAGAGGGUCUCACUCUCUAAGGUUUUUGAUCCAGCACCUUUCACCAGCACUGAAAUAGUAACAAACGUGUGACUAGACACCAGCUACCGGGGUGCUUGUCUGGCAAUUGGAGACAGAGCAUAGAGGCAAGAGCAGUUCUAAGAGGAAGUUGCACACUAUUGCGCUAGACUUCUGGACAGCCUUUAGUCUGCCCAGUAUCUCAAACUGCCUCUUCUGGCGCACAGAUACCAUCAAUCUAGAAUUUCCUUGCUGGUGAGGAAAAUGACCUGCUUGGCUUCCUUUUCAGAUAAGCUAAUAAAGGACAAUGCUGAGGUUUUUUUUAUUAUUUUUGCAAGGUUCUGCAGCCACAACAAACUACAGGCCCUGGUUCCAUCUCUCAUUCAUACACACUAGUCAGCAUCUCUUAGAAUGUCCAUUUUCCUGUUUGUAAAAUAUGCAAGUUUCCUUCUAUGCGAGAGACAGUAAUUGGUCAGGCAAAUCCAAAUGAAGGCACACAGGACUUGCUAAACAAAGGGGGAAGGACUCUGGCAGUAAAUAGUACUGCUGUGAAGCAAUGUUAUUUCGACAACCUGGUGAAUAUGAUUUUGUGGUAUCUGCUAUUUAAAAGGAACUUUUUUUACUUGGGUUGCCAGCAGUGUACAAUGUAAUGAAUAAAUCUGUCGAGAUGAAGCUUUUUUUUUUUUACUACUAGUAAUUAAAUAGAUGUUCAUUUUGUUAUGUGUAUUCCCUUCUGCUGUUCCCCUUUAAAGUCCCAUUGUGAUAACUUCCUGAAGGUGUGAUCUUUGUAGCAUGAUUGUACAAACAUACAUAUGAAAUCCCAGAUUUCUUGUUCUCACUAAAAUGUUAAAGCAAUAGCGAUUUUACUGCUGUCAUGCAUAGCCUAAGGUGUUUGCACACUUUUUUCCUCCCUCUUUCAUAUUGCUUGAGAUUUGCAACUUUGCUACUAUACUUUACUAGAGGAAUCCUAGCAUCCCAUUAUCGGGCAGAUUCAGACCUGUUGUUGCCACGAGUAACUGCAGUGUCCUGGUAUUCCUUUUUUAAUUAUUUUUAUGGAGAAACCAUAUAAAAGGUUUUGUUACAGUGGAUUUUAACACCUGAACCCUGGAACCAUAUUAUUGAAACUCUGUAAAUUAAGUCAGUCUUUUAUGAAACCGCUUGAAAGUGGAAUGUUGCAUCCUUUUAUGCUAUUUCCUGCUUCCUAUGUAGUUUUAUUCAAUUUUUUAACCUUUUUAAGUUUCAGCCUCCUGUGUAUUAGGUACAGUAUUUUCUGCCUUUCAUACUUUGUAAUAAAAAUUGAACAUUUAUAGAUUGAA